AUGACAGCACCUCCAUCUUUCCAGCAGCGGUUCCUCUCUCGGCCAAAUGACCUCGGAGUAGUUGCUGUGGGCUUUUCUGGGGGCCAGUGCAAGCAAGGCGUCGAAGCAGCGCCCAUGGCCCUCAUUGAAUCUGGUCUCCUUGAUCAACUCCACGAGGACCUCGGCUAUGACGUACACUUUGACAACGCCGUCCAUAACUACGCGGAUAUCAUCCCCGCCAACGAUCCAGACCACAGAGGCAUGAAAAAGCCGCGAGCAGUGAGCGCGGUCACUGAGAAGCUCAGUCAACAGGUGUACGACCAUGCCAAGGAAGGGAAGAUGGUCCUGACUCUUGGAGGUGACCAUUCGAUUGCCAUUGGUACAAUCUCAGGCACCGCAAAAGCAAUCCGUGAGCGCCUUGGACGGGAGUUGGCAGUCAUUUGGGUCGAUGCCCAUGCAGACAUCAACCUUCCCGAGGAUAGCCCCAGCGGCAACAUCCAUGGUAUGCCAGUGGCGUUCCUCACAGCCCUUGCAACGGAAGAAAAGAAAGACAUUUUCGGGUGGCUGAGCAAGGAGCACUUGGUCAACGUCAACAAAUUGGUAUACAUCGGCUUGCGCGAUGUCGAUCGUGGAGAGAAGAGAAUUCUUAAAGAGCAUGGAAUUAAAGCGUUUAGCAUGCAUGACAUUGACAGGCAUGGAAUCGGCCGCGUCGUAGAGAUGGCUCUUGCACACGUUGGCAAUGAUACACCGAUACACCUGUCCUUUGACGUUGAUGCCCUCGAUCCGCAAUGGGCCCCCAGCACUGGCACCCCUGUCCGAGGAGGCCUUACGCUCCGAGAAGGCGACUUCAUUGCCGAGUGCGUACACCAGACGGGCAACCUGAUCGCUAUGGACCUGGUGGAAGUUAACCCUAGCCUGGAGGCCAUGGGCGCCAAUGAGACUAUUCGCACGGGCUGCUCGCUGGUUCGCAGUGCCCUCGGCGAUACUUUAUUGUAA